AUGGUAAUUGAGUAUAAUUUGAAAAUAAAGGAGAAAGAGAAUGUUUCUUCAUCCUCAGAUCAAACUGAAAUUGUGCCUGAUGCAAUUGUUGUUGGCAAAAAAGAAGUUUGGAGGUCUAAUUUUGCAAAACAUGUCAGUGCAAAAAAAAGUGUCAUGUCUAGUAGGUCAGAAUUUGACGGAUAUAUAGAGGAGAAAAUGUUAACGGAUGAUGAAAAUUUUGACAUCUUAGGUCGGUGGAAGGUUAGUGGAUUAAAAUAUCCAAUCUUGCAAAUGAUUGCAAGGGACUUCUUAGCAAUUCCUAUUUCAACGGUUGCUUCCGAGUCUUCUUUUAGCACAAGUGGUCGGAUUCUUACUCCUCAUCGUAGUAGAUUGCGUUCGGAUACUUUAGAGGCAUUGAUGUGUGUCCAAGAUUGA